AUGAAGUAUUUAGCCGCUUAUCUUUUACUCCAAAAAGCAGGUAAGGAGAAUCCUACUGCUGAGGAGAUCACUUCUCUAUUGGAGUCUGUCGGUGCCGACGUUGAACAAGACAAGAUUACUCUUUUGUUAUCUUCUAUCAAGGGUAAGGCUGUCGAUGAGUUGAUUGCCCAGGGUGCUCAGAAACUUUCUGCUUUACCUGCUGGUGGUGCUGCUACAACUGGUGGUGCUGCUUCGAAAGAGGGUUCUGCUGCUGCCGGUGAUGAAGACAAGGAAGAUGAAUCUGCCGAGGAGGAAGAAUCUGACGAUGACAUGGGUAUGGGCUUGUUCGACUAA